AUGGCCCUCAAUCUCGAGAAGCAAUUACUUUUUUAUGGAGCCUACCAUAACAACCCGGUCAAUGUCGCAAUCCAUAUUACUUGCGUCCCGAUUCUUCUAUUCACCGGAAUAGUCCUGGCCUGCAACUGCCCACCUCUAUUCCCGGUCCCCUCCGCGAUCGAAAUCGCCAACCUGCCCGCCAAUGCCGGUACAAUCGGCGCAAUCAUAUAUGCCACCUUUUACAUACUCCUGGAGCCGAUGGCCGGUGGCCUGCUCGCGCCCGCCCUGAUCGCGGCCGCUUACUACGGAAACUACUUCUUGCACACCCACGGCCACAUUGUCAACUACUGGGCCGGUGGUAUCCACGUUGUCUCCUGGCUCGCGCAGUUCGUCGGACACGGCGCAUUUGAGAAGCGUGCCCCGGCCCUCCUGGAUAACCUGGUUCAAGCACUCUUACUGGCUCCGCUAUUUGUGUGGAUGGAAGUGCUGUUCUUCUUUGGAUAUCGACCGGAGCUGAAGGAGCGAUUCGACAAGGGCGUGGAGGUGGAGAUUGCGAAGUUCCGAAAGCAGCAGAAGGAGGGGGAGAAGGGUAAGGGCCAGGGCAAGGAGUAG